UCUGCUGGCUGUUUACACAGAGAGCCUGGAUAAGCUUAUGUCCUUUGGAGGAGGCCUACUCCAGGAGUCAAAAUAGCAUGAAAUUUAAUUUUACACCUAUUUGACCAAGCUUGAUUCAGGCUCCAAUCAGCAGAGGAGAUAAGGGCCCUCGGGACAAGUGUGCCAGGCAGCCGAGCAGCUGGAGCUGGAGUUUUAACAGGCGGCCCGACAGGGACAACACUCAAAGGUCCCCUGGCAGGCCAGCCAUUAAGGUGAACCCUAUCUUCCGCCCACACGGGUUUCUUUGCUGUAGUGUUCCCCGGUUGCUGGGCGCCAAAGCAAACCCAGCCUCUGUUUGCCAAGUCUACUAUGACAAUACGAUCACCAAAUAUUUGUCAGCUGCCAGCGCUGGGGCCGACUAUAAAUACUUCAGCCACAGGUGGAGGGCUGCUCCAUUCAGAGGAAGACCUGGGGGAGCCUUGCCUGGUCCCUGAAGCCAGUCAACAUCUGCUGCCUUCAAAGGUUCCUUGCUUCAAGAGAAGAGAUGGCUGCUGGAGUGAUCAGAACUUUAUGUGAUUUUAGACUGCAGGCCCCCUUCCAUCAGCCAUUUGUACCUACUACUAGCCACCAAGAUCCAGACUUCCCUGAAACCUCAGAGGAAGAGGAGGAAGAUGGGGAAGAGGAGGAAGAUGGGGAAAAACAGAUAGAGGACCUGGAACUGGCAGGCAGCAGUCCAGGAGGCCAGAGUUCAGACCAUGAGCUGGCAAAGGGUCCCACUAGGCCAAGCCCAAGUAGUACUGAGAUGACUUUGCAACUCCUUCGCUUCUCUGAACUCAUCAGCUGUGACAUCCAGAAGUACUUUGGCCAGAAGACAAAAGAUGAAGACCCAGAUGCCUGCAACAUUUAUGAGGAUAGCCACCCACCUGGCAAAUCGGCAAGGGAGCUUUAUUAUGCAGAUUUGAUGCAGAUUGUCCAGAGUGGGGACCAGGAGGAUGAGGACACUGACACUGCUAGUCUUCCCAGAGGCUUAGAUUGUCAGGUCAGGUUCAUCUCCAGUCGAGAUAGAGCUCUGAAGUUGGGGCCUCUUGUUGAGCUCUUUGAAUAUGGGCUCUGUCAAUAUGCUAGACAGAGAGUGUCUGACAGCAGGAGGAUGAGGCUUGAAAAGAAGUAUGGCCACAUCACUCCAAUGCACAAAAGGAAGCUACCACAGUCCUUCUGGAAGGAGCCAGCUCCCAGCUCCUUAUGUCUGCUCAAUACCAGCACACCUGACUUUAGUGACCUGCUUGCCAACUGGACAUCAGAUGUCGCCCAAGAGCUCCACAGUGUGGGAGGCCGGGAGCUGGGCAGACAUGCCCUGGAAAUGGAUCAUUUAGAGGAGGCAUAAGCCAUAGUUGUCAGAUCUGCCCUCUCAAAGAGAUGGGAGUUCCUGUGGGACUCAGAAGAGAGGCCAGGCACUGAAAGCAUCAGGGCCAAUGAUAGGCUGAACUAGGUUAUCCUGGCCUGAACAUGGCCCCAGAACUGGAAGAACCCCUUCCUGUCCCUUUCUUCUUACAAUUAUUAUAAUCUCCUAGCCUUACUUAUUAAAAAAAUCCCAAACUCCAGUGAGUUAUGUGUCGCAUUGCCAAGAUGAUGUUUCUAGCCAAUUCCCUCUGCUGCCUGGAUCUCAGCUGGAUCCAUUUGUCUUAACAUAAAUCACUUUCCCACACCAAUUAGUUUCAGUU